UUGGGAUCGCGGGACGUGACGAUGGAUGAUCUUGCAACGCCAACGCAAGCACUACCAUCCGUCGCGCUACCCGGGACGGCACCACCUACUCCUUUACAGCACACCAGUAUCAGUCGGAGCUCCAGUGUCGCGGUGGGACCUUCCGAGGUAAACGAGACGGGGGCUAUGGUGGAGAAGCUUAUGCUUUUUGACCAAAUGAUCAAUUCUGCCCAAGAAGCAAAGAACGCCUUGCUUCGCGGUGAAGACGCCUCGGCCAAUCUCGGUCAAAUAUCUCAUCAGCUCGACUCGGUCAACGAGCUCAGCGUGGCCCCCACGGGCACGCCGCAGUCCGCAUCAAGCGCCUCCCCUCUCAAUUACCUCGCAUCUCCGGCCGUCAGCGUUUCCGCGGUAGCCAGCAUGCCCCGCAUCACCACACCGCAGAGCCCCCAGAUGCUACCGAUGCAGCUACCUCCAUCCCAGCCCACUCUCAUCUCCCAACCUAUCCCCACGCUCCACACCCCCACUCGCGAAAACCCCCAACCGCAGCUUGCCAUGAUCAACACCAACCUCUCACCCCUCCCCCUUUCCCGCCAGGAGCCCGCCUCGGCCGGCUACCCCACCGACACCAUGUCCUUGGCGGUCCCUCCUCCUCUCGUCCACUCGCACUCCUUUCCCAACGGUCAUCAGCUCCCGAGCCAGCUGCACAAUCUCACCUCACCGCCCGUCCCUCUCGCCCCUUCCCCCUCCUUUGCCGCAUCGCUUGGUAUCGGCCAUCCUCCACACAUAUCCUCACCCCUCGCAAACGUCGCGAUCUCUCGACCUCCGUCCCCUCGGGCCUACCCAGUACCGGACCAGCAGUGGCUUCCAAUCCAAAACGGCGAGUCCUCCAUGUCACGCACGGUAUCAGACUCGGCGCCUAUGCUGGCCGUCCCACGUCGGCCUUCCCUACAGGAUAGGGCGGUCAGCGACUCUCGCGCGGACGGGCUGCCCGUUGUCCACCGGGGCAGGAGUGGAUCGACCAGUAGACCUCAAAGGGGACUGCAUGGGAUGACCUCAAGUGUUCCCCCGUCAGCUUGGAACUCGCGAGCGGUCUCGCCGGACGACGAGGAUGAGGAGGAAUCAGACGAUGAGGCGCCAAGGAAAAGCAAGCGGCGGAGAAGCUCAGCGGGGCAUGCCGUAGCCGACACCGCCGCGUCGACUCUGAUCUCGGAGGAUAUGCGGCGGCAGCUGGAUCGGAUUUUUGAGGAGUUCUUGAAUAUCGUCUGCUCUGAUUUGGAUAUGGUCGACGCCAAAGGCGAAAAGCUUCACCAAGUCCUCAUGCCGAAAAAGAUGCAGAGGAUGGACGAGUCGGGCGACUACCGCCCAUUCAAGUUCAGAAUACAGGCCUUCACCAACGCCUUUUCGGACGAGCUUGUUCACCGAGGCAUCACCGAAGAGACCAUGUCGGCCAAGAAGAUCAAGUCGUAUCUCUGGAAACAAGAUCUUAUCUCCCGCUUCAACGCCGACGGCAAGAAGGCCAAAUCUAAGGGCAACCACAUCUGGAAUGUGGACGCCAAGAAGAUGCCCGAGGGAAACGAGCCCAAAUGGGUCUUUAGGCCGUUCAAGCGGAGGAUCAUCGGUACUCCGAGCGCUUAUGCUCUCAUCAACCAGCGGUACGAGUACGAGCCCAAGGUGUGGGAUCCACAGGCGGCGACGGAGACUCUGAAGCCAGUAUUUUACUCGCCUCCCAACUCGCUCCCGGAUUGGAUGCGGUGGGAGGAUGGGAAGCUGGUCGGUGUGCCUACCAAGCUGCACGAGGCGACUGACAUUGUCGUCAAAGUCAAUGUAGGUCUACCCUCUGGUGCUGCCGGGGUCAAGCUGACUAUCAGUUCACCGAUGUGGAUGGCCAAGCCCAGACCCUCAGUACGAGCUUUAUGCUCGCUGCGAUCCCACCCGCUCUGA